AUGAACAACACGAGCGGCUCGGCUCUGGUAGUAGCCGGCGGCCGGGAGGAGUUACCGGCGCACAGGGCUCUCACGGGCUGCGUCCUGGCGCUGCUCAUCGUCUGGACGCUGUUUGGGAACUUCACGGUGUGCGCCGCCGUCUGCCGCUUCCGCCACCUGCGCGCCAAGGUGACCAACAUCUUCAUCGUGUCCCUGGCUCUGUCGGACCUCCUGGUCGCCGUGCUGGUGAUGCCGUGGAAAGCCGCGGCCGAGGUGGCCGGCUUCUGGCCGUUCGGCGGGUUCUGCAAGACCUGGCUGGCCUGCGACAUCAUGUGCUCCACGGCCUCCAUCCUCAACCUGUGCGUCAUCAGCGUGGACCGCUACUGGGCCAUCUCCAGCCCGUUCCUCUACGAGAGGAGCAUGAACAGGAGGGUGGCCUCCGUGAUGAUCGGCGUGACCUGGACGCUCUCCGCGGUCAUCUCGUUCGUGCCCGUGCAGCUGAACUGGCACCGCGCGGACCCGGCCGUGGAGGAGCACGCGCCGCGUGGGGAGAGCGUUGACGGGAGCUGUGACUCCAGCUUGAGCCGCACGUACGCCAUCUCCUCCUCCCUCAUCAGCUUCUACAUCCCCGUGGCUGUCAUGAUCGUCACGUACACGCGCAUCUACCGGAUAGCCCAGAUGCAGAUCCGGAUGAUCUCCUCCCUGGAGCGCGCGGCGGAGCACGCGCAGAGUUGCCGCUCGGACGUACCUGAGCUGUGUCCUCACCUGUGCGCGCAGAUAGGAGCCAACCCAUGUGACUCGCGCGUCGGGCUUUUCCCCGAGACCCAGCGCGAGACCCCGCGUUCCGAUGAGUCCCAGCGCGAGCUCAAAGUGUCCAUCAGAGGGGAGGCCAAAGUCCUGAAGACCCUGUCCAUCAUCAUGGGGGUGUUCGUGUGCUGCUGGCUGCCCUUCUUUGUCCUGAACUGCGCUCUGCCCUUCUGCCCGGGGCCACACGCCCCGGGGGCCCGGCCCGGCCCCUACUGCGUCAGCGAGAAAACCUUCGACGUGUUCGUGUGGAUCGGCUGGAGCAACUCGUCCCUCAACCCGGUCAUCUACGCCUUCAACGCGGACUUCAGAGACGCCUUCCUGCGCCUGCUGCGCUGCCGCGGGCGCGGCUUCUGGACAGCGGUGAGCGCGGCGGUGGAGACGGCGAUGGCGAGCAACGAGGCCGGACACCCGAGGAGGGAGAGCCCGCCGGACAGGAGAGCGGACGUCUCCUGCGCCACGCCUCUCAGGGGGAGCGAGGACAGCGGGAACACCACGGUGACGGUGCUGUACCACCGGGGGAUGACGGACACCGAGGAGAGCCACGGGGAGGACAGCCUGACGCAGAUACCGAUAUAA